AUGCUCCCUUCCAAGCAGAAAUUCCAUCCAAAGCAUCAGCAGCUCGUAGAAAAAUGCUAUCCCAGAUUACCCAAAAACUCCACCGCAGAUGCAGCACCUAAUAGCUCCGARCUGGCAUAUCUGCUCUAUUAUGCCUCGACACGACAGCACAAACUGCCAAAGGUCGGUGAUUUCCUCGAGAAGAAGACCGUGUCCGAUGUCUCGCACUGGCAGAGUGCGCGCGUUCAUGUAACGCUGCAAAUCUUGACCGCGAUGCUGGAGCAUCCAGAAAUCCACCGGCAGCAGUCUUUUGCGAUGCUAGCUCCUACGGUUCUCCGCAUUAUUCGCGAGGUCAUUUUAAACACAAACGACAUUGCUCUGAUGGAGGCGACCACCAACCUAUGGGAUGUCUUCACACAAUAUCAAGACUGCCUUGCGUUAGCAGCGGACUCUGAGUAUCGGGCGCUAUUUGACGAAGUUGUGGCCUUGUAUGGCAACCUUGCUGAAAACAACUCCAAGAAGAUCGGCAGGUCCACACAGGCAGUCGCGCAGCAUGAUGCUAUGCGUGUUCGAAAAGUUGGGGUCACAGCCUUCAAAAGCCUUUUUAUGCCAGCGAACGUGGAGCGCAGCUGGAACAACCGAUUCGACAAGUCCUUUGCGGCAGUACUCACCAACUUGCGUAGCGAGCAUCGAGAUUCAUAUGUCAAACAUCUCAGUGUCCUGAGGGACGAAGCCGACGAAGAAAAGGAGAGAUCCAAGGCAGCGAAUCGCAGACAAAGCAUGGCACAUAAUCGCACGUUCUCACACGAUGAACCACAGCCGGACCCUCGCGMCGCUGAAGGGACUGCUCAGGAAGCCGAUCGACUUCAAGAGGAUGAAGUUGGUAUCGAAGCCAUUUUCAACACCGAUAUUCCUACGCAAAUCAGAGGUGGAGCGAUCGCACUUUUCAAGUUCGUUGACGAAGAAGCCCAGCGUCCCAACACUGCCGCCACGGUAUUCAAGGAGAUGCCCUUUCUCUUCCGCCUGGUUACCACAUGGACGACCGUUCAGAAUCGAUUCAUCGUACUUGUCAUUGCCGUUGAGCACCUCUACAGGCUUYCGGUCGACGUCCUUGAAACCGAAACUCAGAAUGCGGACAAAACCAGCCAACUUGAUCUUCAUGGAACUUUCAUUGAGAUGAUCAAUGGCGUACUACGAGCUGAUGAUCUCAAUUUUAUCGGUCUCUCGGUCAUGGAUGUGAUGCUUCGACUCCUCGACCAUAUCAUUCGGCUUGCCACGAUGUCGAGCACUGGUCAAAAUGAAACAUUGAUCGAACGUAUGAAAGACUGCAUUGCUCUCCUCGCUUCUCACGUCUACUAUGCGGAUCAAGUGCGCGAUCAAAUUGCCGCCAUAUUGAUAAGGGUCAAGGCAUAUCCAUUGGACAACGGACGGAGCUUCCUGAACGGGCAUAGGGCAGCGCUGAAUGAAUCAAAUGAUGUCACAGCAGUACCAUCUACCGCACGUACGAAACCAGGAAGUACCAAGAGCUCAUACUUCACAUCCGACGAAGCACGACGAGUUGCGCUUGAGAUGGUCGCUCGCAUCAUCGAAUUUGCAAACUCCAAAUCCACAACAACAUCGACCGUCAACACUCGACAUCGCGUGCCCAUCGGAGUCUGGGAGGGAACUCAAUGGCUCAUGCGUGACCCCAGCGAAGAAGUAAGGAAUGCAUACCGAAAUGCCCUUCAAGYCUGGGCCCGUUACGAGUCAGACGACACAGAUGAGAACCUGCUCGAUUUCGAAGCCGAGGACUGCAUUCAGCGGCUGGUGGAAAAGGCGAAACCAGCGGCUUCCAUCACCAACAGUCAUCAGAGCCAUCCUCAACUACUCAUGCUGCCAUACCCAGCUGAUAAACGAAUAAGUUCCAGCCGCAACUCCAGCAAUGGGACUGCCGAACGCAGCAAAGCGCGGGUAACCGCAAAGGACUUGGACGAUAUUGUGAGCGGGAGGAAAACGGUACCGCUGCGAGUACAGCUCGACGACAGACCUGAUCAGGCGGACCCGCUCGACAUGAAGAGUGUGUUGGCAACGCUCAAGACUGCGAGUGCACGACCGAAGCGGGAACCUGUGAUGAUUGCUCCUCCUUAUUGA